GUAGGGAAAGAUUUAUUUCAAACACACCAUCUCCUCGUUUGACGUCCGCGUUAUUUAAUAUGCAAUUGUGACAACCGCCAAAGGAAGGGACGGAAACAGGUGUCAGCUUAAGGGGGUGUGGAAGCAUUGUCCUGAGACAGCGCCACCAGGUGUGCAAGAAUGAGCCUGGUAGGACACUCGAAAGGUGUUGACCUGCCUGCCCUGCUGGAGCACCUCCACGGCCUGUGGAACAGGAAAGAGCUGCAGGAGCUGCGUCAGUUUUUAGCAGCCAGUUUCUCACACAUGCAGGAGCCCUUAACAAGACUCCUGGACUUGUUGGAGGACUGUGUUACCAUCCAAAAAGUCAAAUCUUCCAGCCUGAGCCAAUUCAUCCUCACUGAGUUCAUGCGCUGGAAGACCAAUAAUCCCAAAGCCAGUCUGAAGGGUCUGAAUGAGGAAGAGAGGCUGCGCUUACAGCAGCGAGCUCUGGAGCUCAUCACAGACUCUCAGCCCGGGUACAUGGACCCACUGCUUGAGGUCUAUCAGCUGAGGUCACUGGAAAGACCUCUGCUGCUGGAACACGUGACCUUCCUGCAGGACUGCUGCUGCUACAAAGAGGCGUUGGUGUUCAGUGUGAAGGUGGAACUUCAGAAAGAUCUGGACAUGGAAAAGAUGUGUGUGCCUCUCAUUCUGCUGGACAAGCUGCCGCUAGUGGAGGUGUAUGUGCGUGGACACCCUGACCUGCAGCAGAGGCUGGUCUCACUGCUGGACUCGUGGUGUGAUCCAAACUUCAACAUCCAGCAGCUGCUCAGUCAGUACCCACAGCUGGUUCUCUCCAAACACCAGACAGACCAGAUUCAUCCCAAACUGCUCAGCAAACAUGUCUUUAAACUCAUGGAAAAAUUCUGCAUCGACCCAGGUCUGUGCUCUAAUUCAAUCUACAAGAGGAAGCUAGAUUCACUGAGGUUUCUCAUGUACAAGACUUUUGGUGAGAAAACCAUGUCAGAAGACAAUUGGAGAGACCAUGUUCAGGCUAUGGUUGUGGGUAAUACGGAGCUGCAGAUUCAGUUGGUGCAGCUUUUGGUGAAACACUGUAGCCUCAAGACUGCUGCCCAAUGGGCGGCACAUUACCAUGUACCCAGGGACAGACUUCCCUUUGGGGUAUGGGACAAAAUUCAGAGCCUCUCGCCAAAGCAGCUAGAGAUGUGUACUGUGAGCGCCCAAACGGAGUCCUGGAAACCUCCCCAGUCUGAUCAGCAAAAAUACUACCAGCUGCCUCUGGCCAGAAAAGACAUCCACUUUGUAGAGGCAUUAGAUGAAUUGGAGCAGUGCAAACGGGCUGUUUUAAAGCCCGGCAGUUUGGUGGGAAUUGACAUGGAAUGGAGGGCUGGUUUUGGCACUGUAUCUCCUCAGUGUGUGGCUCUGAUCCAGCUGGCUGUACAAGGACAAGUGUUUCUGUUGGAUCUGUGUGCACAAAGCAUCAGCCACCACAACACCACAGUAAACUUCAUCAGAGCUCUGCUGUCAGACAAAAACAUCCUCAAACUGGGUUAUGGGAUGUCUGGAGACUUGAGGAGUCUGGUCAGCACGUGGCCUGACCUCAGGGAGGAGCCUCUAAAGAUGGAGGGGGUUCUGGACCUGCUCCACAUCCAUCAGGAGCUUCAGCGGUGUUGGUGUGUCAGGAGAAUGUCUAGGUCAGAGGUGGUGUGUAAAGGUCCAGCAGAGAAGGGCCUCAGUCUAAUGGUGCAGCAGGUGCUGGGGAAACCACUGAACAAAACUGAGCAGCUCUCUAACUGGGAACGCCGGCCACUCCGCAUCAGUCAACUCCGCUAUGCAGCCACCGAUGCAUUCUGCCUGCUGGACGUCUACCUCACCCUCUCCCAGGACCCAAGGGCCUACGGGCUGCCGGAGGACAUCCGCUCCAUCCCCUCUGCCCAACAGGCCAAGAGCCGCCAGGAGAAGAAGCCUAAAGACAAGAGCAAGCAGUCAAAGAGAAGAGAGGCUCGGCAGAAGGUGAAUGAGUCCCACUCCAGGGAGGAUGAAUGCGUGAAGGUGAAUUCGGAGUACCAGGGGCCCUUUAUCACCCCACGAGAGCUGCGUGUGGUCUGUGAUAAUAUGCUGCAGGGUCUGGGCCGUUUCCUACGCUGUCUGGGGGUGGAUGUCAAGAUGCUGGAAAACACGGAUGACCAUAAAGUAGCAGCAGAGCUGGCCCGUGCUGAAGGUCGCAUCAUUCUAACUGCAGGUCAGCCCUACCAAACUUUAAGGUCACAGGUGGGAGAGGGCCGCUGUCUGACAUUGGACUGCUCAGAAAAGGCACGUGACCAGGCUGUGUACGUUCUCAGACACUUCCACGUCCACCUUACCAGUGCGGACAUCUUUAGUCGAUGCCAGGCUUGCAAUUGUGAUGAGUACUUCAAGUUGCAGAGAGAGGAAAUGACGUGCAUGAUGAAAGAAAGAGGUCUUAUUCAGGACAUCGUACCCAAGCGGGAUGACUGCAAACUGCAAGAUGAGACACAAGCAGAUUACAACAGCUGGAGGCCCCCAGAGGGUCCCGAGUUCACCCCUCACUGCCGCUGGGCCCCACAAACUGCCCUGGACCCCCAGACCUUCAGAUUCCCCAGCGGGGCCAAAGUUCAGCUGGAGACUGUGCCGCCAGGCCUCCUUCCCCGUAUACCAGUAUACUUCAUCUGCACUGGCUGCGGAAAAGUAUUCUGGGAGGGGACCCAUUUUGACAGGGUGCUGUUGCAGUUCCAAGAGGUCUUGCAUGUUAGUGAAGAUGUGGCUACGAAAGCAUAAGAUCAGUUCCAGGUUUAAUGGACUGACCCCAUUGCUUUAAAAGUUGUAGUUGUUGUUUUAAUUUUUUUUAAUUGAGAUUUACACCUCAGAUUUUUUUAUUUUAUUAUUAUUUUAAUGGAGGUAUUUGAAUUUGCUACAUUGUGUCAUGGUAACCGUGCAAAAGCAACAAUUAAAAAUAAUUGACUGUUUAAACUUGUUUUGCACUGUAAAAUAUAUAACAAUAUAAUGAAUACUUUGUCAUAGUUGUUUAUAAAAAGUGUUUGUUACUUUUUAUGAAAUGAUUUAUCACAGAUAGUGAUUAUACACUUUGAGUUAUCUUUUUUUCUCAACAUGGCACAAGAAAUGUUCAACUUGUUCAACCCGACAUUGUUUUAUAAAACUUGUUAGAAUCUAUCUUUUCUACAUAUAAUCUUUUGCAGUUAUCUCUAAAAACAAUAUGCUUGAAUGUUAUCAAUAUGGGCCAUUGUUUAUGUUUAGUUUUUAAGUCAUAUCUCCAUUUGUAAAUCUGUCAAAUCUACAAAUAUAUCUCGGUCCCCCAAAGACUGUGCUCCUGAAUUCAUGCCAAAUGCUGUUUUCCCUCCUAAGUUUUUGAGGACGAUUUGUAAGUUCAUAACAGGAUGGGUAACAAAGUCCUUCACACUGCCCUGCCAAGUCUAAUAAAACCAUGCUCAGAGCAGCCCACAUCUGUGUCCCCUUUUAAAAAUGUGCUCCCUGAAUAUGAAUAUAAAAGUGUUCACUGUAA